AUGGAGCUGGGGCAUGGAGCCGGGACAUGGGGCCGGGGCAUGGGGCCGGGGUAUGGGGCCGGGGCAGGGAGCCGGGGCAUGGGGCCGGGGCAUGGGGCCGGGGCAUGGGGCCGGGGCAUGGGGCCGGGGCAUGGGGCCGGGACAUGGGGCCGGGGCAUGGGGCCGGGGCAUGGGGCCGGGGCAUGGGGCCGGGGCAUGGGGCCGGGGCAUGGGGCCGGGGCAUGGGGCCGGGGCAUGGGGCCGGGACAUGGGGCCGGGGCAUGGGGCCGGGACAUGGGGCCGGGGCAUGGGGCCGGGGCAUGGGGCCGGGGCAUGGGGCCGGGACAUGGGGCCGGGGCAUGGGGCCGGGACAUGGGGCCGGGGCAUGGGGCCGGGGCAUGGGGCCGGGACAUGGGGCCGGGGCAUGGGGCCGGGACAUGGGGCCGGGGCAUGGGGCCGGGGCAUGGGGCCGGGGCAUGGGGCCGGGGCAUGGGGCCGGGGCAUGGGGCCGGGGCAUGGGGCCGGGGUUGGGGCCGGGGCAUGGGGCCGGGACAUGGGGCCGGGGUUGGGGCCGGGGCAUGGGGCCGGGACAUGGGGCCGGGGCAUGGGGCCGGGGCAUGGGGCCGGGGCAUGGGGCCGGGACAUGGGGCCGGGGCAUGGGGCCGGGACAUGGGGCCGGGGCAUGGGGCCGGGGCAUGGGGCCGGGGCAUGGGGCCGGGGCAUGGGGCCGGGGUUGGGGCCGGGGCAUGGGGCCGGGGCAUGGGGCCGGGGCAUGGGGCCGGGGCAUGGGGCCGGGGCAUGGGGCCGGGACAUGGGGCCGGGGCAUGGGGCCGGGACAUGGGGCCGGGGCAUGGGGCCGGGGCAUGGGGCCGGGGCAUGGGGCCGGGACAUGGGGCCGGGGCAUGGGGCCGGGGCAUGGGGCCGGGGCAUGGGGCCGGGGCAUGGGGCCGGGGCAGGGAGCCAGGUCCAUGGAGGAGCGACGACGCCGACGGCGAGCAGGAGCAGUUUUUAAUUGCCUCGGCCGGGGCCGGCGACGGCCGGUGA